UGCGCGCAUUAAGUGUUUAAAUCUCAUUGGACAAAAACGUCGUGACCAAUCAACGCUUUCUGUUCUGCCAUUGCCGUUUUGGCUUACUACAUAGACGUUGGCAGCCAUUGGUUUCUUUUGACACGUGGGAUGAGAUCCCUACAGUCGAUUGGCCAGCUCCUCAGGCGCGAUUUCCAACGCGGGACAACGCUUCUGUGGGCGCACACAGGUCAGUUCAGACGACCCGCUGCGACAAGAAGGAAACUUACAAUCAUCUUCAUAUCUGACUGUAUCUUCAGAGGAUACUUUGUUGCGAAGAGCGGAUUCAAGAUUUUUUUUUAUUCCUCUUUGGAAAUGAAGGACAUAUUCACUCCAGAUUGAAAAGCCGCACGAUUCAUGACUUUUACCAGCUGAUUUUUUUUUUUUUUUUUUUAAAGAAGCAAUCAUUUAGAGUUCAAACUUUUACAGUUUCUUCGCUUGCUUUUGAGACUAACACCGACAUUUUGACAUCCACACGAUGGCCGAUAACAAGCACCCGCAUGUUAUUUUCUGCAACGACUCACCCAAAAGAGUUUUGGUGUCCGUCAUCAAGACCACCCCGAUCAAACCCAGAAAAGCGGAAGCCCUUACGCCGACAAGCCCCGGUUUUAGCGACUUCAUGGUGUAUCCGUGGAAAUGGGGGGAGAACGCCCACAAUGUGACCCUGAGCCCGGGCUCAGUGAGCGGGGCUUCGUCUCCUACCGGGACCCAGACGGCCAGAGAAGCGGACACGGCUCCCUCACCUGACCAGAUGAAGGAUGGUAUCCGCAGAGGCCGUCCACGGGCUGACACUGUCCGCGAGCUGAUAAGCGAGGGAGAGACCUCAUCCAGCCGUAUCCGCUGUAACAUCUGCAACCGAGUAUUUCCAAGAGAGAAGUCUCUCCAGGCUCACAAGAGGACACACACAGGAGAGAGGCCCUAUCUCUGUGACUACCCAAACUGCGGGAAGGCAUUUGUCCAGAGCGGUCAGCUGAAGACGCACCAGCGGCUGCACACCGGGGAAAAACCCUUUGUUUGCUCAGAAAAAGGAUGUGGCAAUCGGUUCACCCAUGCCAAUCGUCACUGCCCCAAGCAUCCUUUCUCCCGCCUGAAGAGGGAGGAACCAAAGGAGGGCCUGGGGAAGGCCCAGUCUGUGGAUAACAAGGCUGUGGCAGAGUGGCUGGCAAAGUACUGGCGAACCCGAGAGCAGCGUGCACCUACAACCACCAAGGUGAAGCCACAGGGCAAGGCAAGAGCAGAGGACCAGGAGCAGCAGGAUCCCAUGGAGUUUCUCCAAUCUGAUGAAGAGAACGGGGAAGAGGAAGACACCGCAGAGGAAGAGAAGGGAAGCCAGGGAGGUGCCGCCAAGCGCCGCCUCCAGGAGCAACGAGAGCGUCUCCACGGUGCUCUGGCGCUCAUUGAGCUGGCCAACAACCUGUCUGCCUGAACACCGACCCACUUCCUGAUCCUGGACUCCCAUUCCCUUCCCCUCAUAUCUCCAUUCCCAACCCGCCUUCCUGCGAUAUGUGCUGUAGCUACGAAAAAUCGUUCAGAAACACAGAUCGAAGUUUAGUUUGUUCUAUCGAGUUGUGAAACCAGACUUUGAGACAGAGUUGGCCUGAGAUCAGUGUUAUGCACAGUAUCAUCUAAUCCCCCUCACAGCACCAGGAAGGCACAAGCUAAAGCACCUUAUUCAGCUUCCAUUUUAUUCUUUUAGGCUGCUAUAAUUGUAGAUUUGACUAUAUGAAGAAUGUCUUUCUUUCUUCUGUCUUCUACAGGCAAAGAAAGAGUACCUGUUAUGUUUUUAAUUUGUUUUGUUUGCACUUUGAUGGUAACGAGUUUUUUAAGUAUGUUGUGAGUGUAAGAGAGUGUGUAUGACUAAUGUAUAUAUGGAUUAAGCUCAGAUGGACAGAAUGAUACAGGGUUUGGUCAAAACAUAGGAAAUGUUAAGUUACAUUCUGACUGUCAGAUGACCUCUCACCAUGCUCCCAGGUUUCAUCUCCAGCCGUGUAAAGCACAAUUUAACUGCCACUCUUGACAGGAGUGGUGGUAGAAAUUGACUCAGAAAGUUUCAGAUAGUUUUAGCCUCACCAGUACAGCUCUCUCUAAAAAAACAAACAAAAAAAAAACAGUGAGCAAAGGUGGACACAAGGGAGGAUAAGAAAAAAGAGGAGUCAAGGAAAAGGAGUCAGGAGAGCUAGAUCAGUACUGACAUGUGACAUGGUAAUUCUAACAUGCGAAUGAGAGGUGAUCAUUGCAAGCCUAAUCCAGAGGUCUGGUGAGGCACAAGUUUUUCCAAAAAUCCAAACUUUUACAGCCUUGCAAUUUGUCUUUAUUUAUACAUAACCAUAUCUGCCUGACAUUACCGAGCCAAUUACCUACUGUGCUCUGAAUAUUCUACAAUGGAUAAAGGUCCGGAUUACCUUUCAGGACAUGUCAUAUUUCCAUUUCCAAACAGUUUCCUCAUAGAUACAAAGAAUGUGUGUAAAGCCUGCAGGCCAAAAGUUGUUUUCCACCCAGACAGGAGACGUUUGUCAAUGAAUGUCAGUCACCUCUUAUAUUAAAAGGUGGCAGACCAGUUAUAAUACAGGCAUAGCAUCAUUGCAGUGUGUGGUGCAUCUAUGUCAUCUCAUUUCAGAGUUUAAAUUAUGAGGUAUUUAUUUCACCAUAUAUAUUUUUUUGUCUGGCUAACAUUUUGUUCAUAUGUUUGAGAGCACUAGAAUCAUUUCAUGCAUAAAGGGAAAUAUUCCAAUUUCAAAGUUUGUCGCAUAAAUUUAGACAUCCCAUUGAUUUUGAUGAAGCACUUACACCCACUAUUAAGUUUUGGAUUAAGCUUGCAAUGCACUGAAGAUUAGAUCUGUUCUGUGUGUCCAGGAAAUGGCACCUGUUUUUCAUAAACUGAUUUGUGUAGUGCUGGGUUUUGUUUGUUUUUUUUUCUCAAUUUCUUUCUUAGUUUUUUUUUUUUUUUUUUUACACGCAACACUACAUCCUUCAACACUGUAUGACAUCUCUCAUAACUGCCCUGCUUCUGGUUGUUUUGGGGAAACCUGCAUCAACAACCAUGUCACUCUGUCACUCGAGCUGUCAUGUUUGAAUCUGUUUGAUUUAUAAAUUACCCUUGUGGAGUUGCAGUGAAACUGGAAGGCAAAUUGUUAAUUGUUGAUAAUCAAAACACCAAAUGAUUUAUUGUACCCAGUUAUAGUAUAUUUUGAAGCAUUUUUUUUAACCCUUAGCCUAUUUUGUGGUCUGAGAAAGAUUAUGGCAUUUAAUAUAUACACAUUGUGUUUGUUAGAAUAUUGAGUGUGCACAAGAGCUUUGAAGUUGAAUUUUAGUUUCAGUUUUCCCCCCUCUGCUAACAUCCUCCAACAGUUUUCCUGUUUGUGACAUGCAUAGAGUGAUCCUGCUUGCUUGGUAGAUAUUUUAUUACACAUUUUAAAGGUAAGAAUUCUCUGACAGACUGUCCACACUGUUGUUGUAAUUGUUGGUCUUCAAUAAACAUUCACUGAACCCUGA